AUGGCUUUCAUUGUGUGUCCUGUCGUAUUUACCACUGAGGGUGUGUCGCAAGGGCUGAAGGGCCAAGUGAGCUGCCUGCAGCAGCCGCAGCAGGAGGGUUUGGAGUGCAAAGGAGUUGAAGAAAGAGUCGAAAAAGAAAUUGAAAAAGGAGUUGAAAAAGAAAUUAAAAAGGAAAUCGAAAAAGAAAUCAAAAAGUGUUUAAAAAGAUCUGGAGAACUUCACCAAAAGUGGCUCCUCGAAGUGGGGGUUUUGAGCGCAGACUUGAAGCGCCUCAACGCAGAAGAUCUGCUGCAGCUGCGGGGGCUGCUGGCCCGCCAGCGCUCGCAGCUGCAUGCACUUGAGGGGGACUUUGGGGCUUUCCGGGCCAGCAGCGCAGCAGCAGAGGAGCAGCUGCUGCUGCUGCGGGCCAGCAGCGCAGCAGCAGAAGAGCAGCUGCUGCUGCUGCGGGGGGCCCUGGGGGACCUCGAGCAGCAAAUGGGCCUCGAGUGCAGCAGGAAGAAAUCCCAAGAAGAAAAAGACCAAAAGAGACUUCGUGCUGCUGAGGCAAGAUCUUUUGAUUUUUCUUUUUCUUUUUCAAAUUAA